AUGGCAGAACCACCACCUUUCGUUUACGAUCCGUUACCCGCAGGCUCUAUCCGCCUGCUCACUGCCGCUUCCAACAAGACCGCGGACGGCCAUACCUGGAGGCUACAAACGGUUGGCCUCGGCCAGUCCGACUUGGAAUUCGAUGCGCUGUCCUAUGUUUGGGGCUCUGACUCUGAGCGUCUCCGCAUUACCCUGAACGGUUGCGCUAUGCAAGUGCAUCGCAAUUUGUAUACUGCACUACCGUACCUUGCUCGCCGCGGAGAUGGUGGACAAGUGCGGCCAAUUUGGAUUGACGCCAUCUGCAUCAACCAAGCAGACCGUGAAGAGAAGAUGGUGCAGAUCCGUGAAAUGAAUCGCGUCUACAAGCAAACGAAAAAGGUUUGGAUUUGGCUUGGUACUACAAAGCACCAAGACCGCAUUCCUGACGCUCUCCGUUUUCUUGAGAACCUGCGCGAUGAGAAAGAAGGGCAACAGCACAGAAACAUUGACGAACUUUAUGGGAAGUUGUCCUUCGAUACCUUGGAUGCAAAGCCCGCGCUGUGCCACCUCGUGCUCAACGAUUGGUUUGGAAGACUAUGGGUCCUACAGGAGGCGGCAUUAGCGCGAGAAGUCACCUUCCUCUGCGGCGACAGUAAAUGCAGCUGGGAACUCAUGGAGAACGCGAUGAAGGAUGCAGUGCUUUGCCAACUCUUUGACAAAGAAUUCGAUGGAGUUAAAAAUCCUUUGCCUUUGCGUGAUGAGCCUGUACGUACUGGAAUGGCGAGAGGGCUAUGGAGAAUCUCGAUGUUCUGUGUUCGAACCGUCGUGCAGCUGUGUUGGAGCGAAGACGUUGACAAUCCACCCGGCCAUCAAAUCCAUAUGCUGGCUCUCGCAAUGAACAUGUCGCGUUCGCUAGUAUGUCUCAGACCUGAGGAUCGUGUCUUAGGACUGCUAGGCUUGAUGGAUCCGAGCACCUCUACAGACGUUUCUGAACAGUUUCUUGAAGCAGAAGACCAAUGUGCAAACGCGUAUAAGUUCAUGGAGGCCAUGCAGAAGGUCAGUUUCAGGCAGCUCUUCAAGACCAAGAAGGGGCAUCUCAGCUCGACGAUUCCGGGCGUGAUACCUGGUGAUCUUCUGAUAGCGCUGAAUGGAGCGCCGAUCUUGCACGUGGUCAGGAAAGUCAAUGCUGCUGUGGACGGCGAACCGGAAAUCUGGGAAUUUGUAGGCGAUGCUUAUGUGUAUCCGCUGGACUGUGGGAACAACGAAGAGAGUAUUCUGGAGGAGGAACAAGCUGAUGGAAAUCAUGCCGAGGGGAACACCCGAGCAGAUAGCAAUACUGACGAGGCCAAUGACGAGGAGCGGGAGUUCGUGUUUGUAUAA